UCCAUUUUGUUGUGCAAGCGGCCCAGCAGCCCAGCAACAGCGAGCCCCAACCGGCCCACGACCCACGACCCCGUCACGACCUCGCCGGCGGCGGCACGCUCACUGGCCUUGCCGUCACUCCGUCGCUGCCUCGCCUCCGGCUUCGCCCGGCCAUCUGGCGCUCGCCCGCCCCCGGCUCCCCGACGCCCAACGGCCGCCGGCGCUCCCCGCUCGCCGCUCCCUGCCCCUUCUGGCAAAGCCGCUACACAGGUGAGCACGAUGCUGCGCAGCUUCCCCCAGGCCGAUCGGCUUCUGAAGAGGCUGGGUUUUGAGAAGGGGGAUGCCUACUUCUUUAAGCAGAUGGGCAAGGGCAUGCUAUGCACAUACGCGCUUUUUGGCGCCGCGUGGUUCUGGAAUGAGACAUCGCCGCUUGGCUGGUGGACGCUCAAGCCACGGCCCAAGGAAGAGAAGGAGAUGGCGCAUCUGUACGAGCGCAGGGAGUUCCCGUACCCGGGCGACGAAGAGGCGGUGGAGGAGUUCAUAAAGAGCGGGGGCGCCCUGAGCACGACGAUCGGGCCCAAGGGGUUCGCGGACGCCAACAUGGACUCGGACAACAUGCAGAAGCAGCUGCAGUCCAAGAAGUUUGACCAGGAGGCGCGGAAGUUGUGGUUCCGGAUGCGGAACGAGGUGGUGCAGGAGCUCCAGGAGAAGGGGUUCGACAUCGAAUGAUGUGACUUGGUGCUUGUUUGUUCUUUCCCCUGAAAGAAAGAAAGAAAGAAAGGAUCAAAGUAUUUCGCAUUGAGAGGUGAAUAAUCAAUCCUCUGUUGCUGAUAUCUCGAGACAGUGGUUUAAUAAUGUUUGAAUUUUGUGUGUACUACUCUCUGCUGAGCGCACAUUUGACUUUCUUUUCUACAUCA